AUGAUCCCGAUUGAUUUGUUGGUAUUUAGACCUCCUAACCCACCAUCCUAUUCUCCUCCCGAAAAUUCUAUAGAGAACCAGAUCAAUACAGAUCUGAAAUCAACAUUUUACAUCACGCCAUCGUUCCUUGACACCACCAAACCCUUCAAGUACUUUCUCAACGAUGGAAAUGAAGAAUCACAGAAAUUAAGUGCAUUCUUUUGUGAAUAUCCAGGAGCUCGAUCGACAAUAUUAUACUCUCAUGGUAAUGCAGAAGAUAUAGGUCAGUUAAGAAAAUGGAUGACCUAUCUGAGCAAAAUGUUAAAAUGUAAUACCAUGGCAUAUGAUUAUCAAGGAUAUGGUUGUUCGAAUAACACACCCACAGAAAAGCAUUUCUUUUCAGACAUUCGACUGGCAUUCAAGUUCCUAACAGAUGUUUUAAACAUACCUUCUGAAGAAAUAAUAAUAUAUGGACGAUCGAUUGGAUCAGGACCUACGACCGAUUUACUGAAAGAGUGUGUUGAAAAUAAUAUCCAACUUAAGGGCGCAAUAUUUCAAUCCCCUUUGUUAAGUGCAGUGAAAACGAGAUUUAAUUUAUUUACCGUCCCAGAUUUUUUCAUAACUGACAUGAUGAAAAAUGAAGACAAGAUGACCUCAAUUAAUCAUUUGAGUUUUUUAAAGAAAAUACCCGUCCUCAUAUUCCAUGGAAAGAAAGAUGUUGUGGUUCCUUAUGACCACGGAUUAACACUAUUUCGGAUUGCUGUAAGCAAAUUUCAGGCAAAUGAAAAAUCAUGUGCUCGUUUUGUAUCAUUACCUGACGCAGGUCACAAUAACUGUGAAAACCUCUAUUUGGAAGACAUGAUUUAUGAAAUUAAGAAAUUUAUUUUGCACAGAAAUGAGGAAGUAUUAUCCUCAGAAGGAGCAUAUUUUGAAAAGAAGUCGAUCAUGAUUCAGGAGGAUUCCACUACUAAAUAG